GUCCUCGUCAUCUUUUCCCAUGAACCUGCUGCAAGCCCGCAAAUCUCGACUCUUUGGAUGACUGCACCUCAUAUCUCACAUCAGUCCCCCCGCUAUGGACCCCAGAGACCAAAUGAGCGGCAGCCAUGGCAGCCAAGACGGCAUAUGCGCCGCUUACGGUCCGGAAGGUUUGCCACAAUGUCAAUGGCCAGCAAUUGGAUACUCCCAGACCGAUGAGCAUCUUUUGCAACUGCUCAGGCUUGUCCAUUUGCUGUUCCCCGCCGCCCACAGAGACGAAGUUUUGGGGUCCAAAUCACCAAAGGCCGUAUUCGUACCGGAGCAGAUAUCCAUCAAUCAGCACGGGGGCAAAUUUCAACUGUGGUCAGAUUCUCAGGUCAUGACAUGCCUUCUCUGCAGGCUCUUCAUUUACCCGCAGGACCUAGACAGCGGUGCAACAACACAGGGGCUCUCGCCUGGCCUCGCCCGGCCUCGCCCAACUCUUCACCGAGGCGUGCUGCUGCUGAUGCCUCCCUGUCCCGCGCACAUUCGCGCUCCUUGCGUACACUGCUGACCGAAAGCCCACCCCCACAUCGAAUCCGACACCUUGUAAGGAGUCGAAGACAGCUCUGCUGCUCCGGCUCUGGGCCUGCACCUGUUUUAGCGAAUUGCUGAGGAUGGAGCUUGCUCCGGCCAGUGACCCCGGACGCUGGGCGCCGAAGAACGGACCCAUACCGGCUCUAUGCAGCCAAUGGGGGAAUGGACCCAUAAAAGUGACAAGGUCCGAGUGCACGGUGCAGUUUUCCCGGUCUGGACGCGCUCACCUUGAUCUUCACCCCGCGACGCGUCUGCCACUCUCAUUCACCGUUCUGGACAGCUCGGGCCUGCCAACCCAUGCUGCGACUUGACGACGACGCUUGACCCGCCUGCCUCAUCUAAUGUCGCCACACUGUAUCCAUCCAUUGGAAAUCCGGCACAAAAAGAGUGUCGCAAUUUCAAGACGCCGACGUACCUGGUAGAAUGGCUUCGCCCACCAACGAUACGUCUAUGAACAUAGACGUUGACCUUGACGUUGACCUCCUGAUUGGCGAUGUUGUGGAGGCUUCCAAACUGCCUGCAAAACGGCGGGCGACCAGCAUCAAGCCUACUGUUGAGAAGGUCGCAUCAUACGCAUUUGAAAAUGGCCUUCUUCCCGACUCCUUGAGCGAACUCAUUGACCUACUCACGAGGCCAAACCUGUUGGAUCAGGCAAGCUUGAAUACGAUACUCAAGAAUCUUUACCCCGCUACUCGGCUAUCCAGUGAUGUCGUCCUGAGGGUGGUGGGAUGCCUCGGCCACGGGGAACUGAAGCCUUCCCUGGUUCUGCAGUCGAACAUUCUGAAAUGGCUCAUUAUGGCAUACCAUGUCAUCGAAAAACCUGCCAUCUUGUCGCAAGCCUACGCUGUUUUGUUCAACUUGCUAGAUACGGCAACCAUUCGACCGCAACUUUGCCAUCUACUCGCCUUGAUCACACGCAGAAAACACGUCCGGCCUUUUAGGAUCCAAGCUGUCCUCAACCUCUCCAGGCAAACAGGAAAUGACCCAGCAUUGACAGGGCUCCUCCGGGUCUUCAAAGACUACUAUCCUGAGAUCAUCGUCAGCGAUGCCUUGAGGGGCAGGGCCUCGGCAUUCAAGCACCCCGACGUGGAAUGGCGCGAAAGGUUAAAUGAGAUCCAACGAGACCAUUCUCAACGGACUGCUGAAGCAGCCGGUCAACCUCAGAACGGCUUCAGCGUCAACCAUCAGGCUUUACGGGCCCGCGGCAAUAAGUCGUCAAACCUGCCUCCUGUCUAUACCUCAGAAGCCACAGAGACCUCCGUCACUUUGGAAGAGAUUGAUAGCGCCGAUCGUCUUGCUCAGACAGUCGAGAAGAUUGAGCUACCUAACCAGCUUGCGGCUGUGCUAGCGGACCCCCUUUUGCAGAAGUUCGUGGCCCUGAAAAAGGAUGACACCGCUUCAAAGCGGGUGGUUCAUUGGAUCAAUGCCGUACUCGAAGACGUGCUCAACGGUAAUGCCGAUGACAAGUCGUUUGCGGAGACGAUGAAAAUGCUGGAGGAAUACGUGGCUCGUGUCAAAGAAACUCCACCCGUCGUCUUACAAUUUUUGACGAAACUAUUUCCGACAUGGAACGGUGUUGAUGCUCGGGAUUCCAUCCUAGGCAUCCUCCAGUACGCGCCUCUCGUUGUGUUCGAUGGCAAGCGUUCCAAUCUCGCUUUCUUCAUCGACUUUUCUGACUGUGUAACAGAGCUGUACAAUGUGAUUCUGAAGCCACUAGAGAAGUGCCUUCCUCCAACGGCCGAGUCGCAGCUAGCACUGCUCAAACUUUACCAAAACCUCCUCCGCCGCUGGACCUUUGUUCUCAACUCGCUUGACCAAAUACCCAAAGAUGCCCCCGUCAGUGCCUUUUUCGCAGUCAUGGAGCACGCAAGCAUCAUCGCCCUCAACGUUGUCCAAGCUUCCCCCAGCGCGGCUGUCCACGGCGGUGUCCUCGACCUAUAUGAACAGGCUGCCGCCAGCAUCUCUGACCCUACACUUCAACCUCUCCUCCGCAUUGCCAAUCCGCCCGCGCAGCUCAUCUACCUCCUCUUCUUCAGCCACUCCCUAGCAAACGUGUCGCGCCUGUGCACCGUCCUCGCCAUAUACAAGAAGGGCUUCGAGAUGGCCAUGUCCCGGCGGCAGCCGACAACGUAUGCCCCGAGCUACGUGAACCAUUUCAACGGGUACCUCAUGGACAUUUGCAACUGCCUCUGGCGCGGCAAGGCUUUCAACGAUGGUGAUAAGAACGCUCUCGGCUGCCUUAGCGCGGGCCCCGUCACACAGCGGCUGCGCAGAUAUGUCGAAGACCUGGGCAUGGACCUUGCGCUUCCGACGCUGUUUGGGUUCUCCUACUCGCCGCUGUUGAGCUUGCAGGCCAUCGAGUGUAUCCGCGACCUGGAGGAUCGUGAGCUGGCUGCGAACGACGACGCCAUCUCCACACGGCACGCGGGGCCGGUGACGUCGAACAGUUUAGCGAGGUUGGCAGACGCAAGGGGGUUGCGCAUCACUUGGUCCGAGUAUAGGAUCAUUGUGCUGCGGGCAUUGGAGGGCAAGGGAUUGGGCGGCAUCCCGUCGUUGAUGAAGAACACGAUGAAGGUCCUCAUGAGCUCCAAGAGUGCUACAUAGAGACGCCAUGUUGCCAUGACACGGCUCGCCUCAUGCCGGCAACAGGCUCGGAACAUCUGCAUUUAUGAUACCC